CUCAUUUUCAACAAACAUCCCAUUUGAAUGAAGGAGUUUGAAACUUCCAUCUGGCUCGAACUCUAGGACCCAAAUGGAUUCGUCGGCCCCGCCAGCUCCCAAAUCGAUAUUACGCGGGCACAAAUCCCAAGUCCACGCCUCCGUCUUCCUCGACCAUGACACCACGCGCCUCCUCACCGGCGACGCAGACGGUUUCGUCGUCCUGUGGGAUCUGACGAUUCUCCGUCCGCGAGCUGUAUGGCGGGCCCACGAGAGCGCCAUCCUCGGCAUCCGAGGCUGGGGCACAGACAAGAUCAUCACACAUGGCCGAGACCACAAGCUCAUUGUGUGGAAGCUCUCGCGCGAGGACGAAAGUAACAUGAGCACGGCACUGCCGCUUGAGGAAGGCGUGGAAAGGCCCCAGCCAUGGAUCCUCCAUCUCAUCGAGGUGAACACUAUGAACUUUUGCGCCUUUGCAAGCUGUCCCGCCGUGCCCACUAUCUCUGGUCCUUCCAUAUCUUCUGCCGAUGAGGUCCUCAUCGCCGUCCCGAACACCAUUCUCUCCGACGCCAUCGACAUCUGGUCUCUCCCACGCCAGCAGCGCAUCCACACCGUUCAAGGCUCCAAAGACGCCGGCAUGACAAUGGCCCUCUCCCUCUUCCACCUCUCCACCACACUCACCCUCAUCGCCGCUUUCGAAAACGGCUAUGCAUCCGUCCAUCGUCUUAUCAACGGCGAGUGGACAACCACCUAUCGCGCCCAGGCCCACUCCCAGCCCAUCCUGUCCAUCGACAUCCACCCUAGUCUCACCUUCUUCCUCACGUCGAGCGCCGACUCUGUCGUUGGCAAGCAUCCCAUCCCAGAAACGCAGCAGGAGACAAUCGUACAGCAUCUUGACCCGAGUCACCGCGUCGUGGAGGAAGUGGUCGACGAAGACGACAACGCCAACCAUGUUCCCAAGACAACGUGGAAAGAGUGGGAGUAUCCCAUCCAGACAGUCAACACGAAGCACUCGGGCCAGCAGGGGCUGAGAAUUCGCUCUGACGGCCGUAUCUUUGCGACGGCGGGCUGGGACGCGGCUGUUCGCGUCUACUCGUGCAAGACCAUGAAAGAGCUCGCUGUUCUCAAGUGGCAUCAGGUCGGUUGUUAUACGGUGGCCAUGGCCAAUGUGACACCCUAUGCCAACGAGUCAAGUGAGAAGGAUGGAUCUUCUCCCUCAAAGAACGCAUCAGGUGGUGUCACCGCCCUCACCAGCACCAGCACAAGCGUCAAGGACAGACGUAUUCACCAGGCCAAACGCACACACUGGAUGGCCGCGGGCGCCAAAGAUGGCAGAAUCAGUCUGUGGGACAUAUAUUGACGCUGGUAACUACCCAUCUAAAACAUCGCUGGUGUGAAAGAACGCGGAGAAUUGCCCAGCCAUAGACGCUGUGCAUGGGCUCCUCUAUCUUCCGUCUGCCCUGGAACUGGCAACGCACAGUGCCUGGUGCCGUCCGCUCGAACCGGCCACCACUAAUACCCGAGAAGCAUCGCGGGUCUGGCGUUGGCCUCUUCUUUUCCAGGCUGGUCAUGGCGCUGGCUGUACGGGGUUUUGGGCAUCGUUGUGGUCAUCCCG